GAAGUUUCCUAAGGCUGAACUGCCACCAGCCGAACAGUUUGCCAUAGAGAGCUAGUGAGAGGAGUGACUGGAUGACAGGAGGUCGUCAACACUCUCAUGACUCUACCAUUCACUCGACAACAUGACGUGAAUACCAUUAUGAUCCAGAUUUAAAUUGCUCAAGACUAUAUAAAUUACCAAAGAAAAAUAAGAUUGUAAAGAUUUCACGUAGACUAGACUUGAAGUAUGUCGGGCGGAAACUCCUUACAGCCAAUGGAUAGUUUGGCUGCUCCCUUGAUAAAUACCACCAUUGAUGUCAGUGUCUGUGGAAAAGAUGCCCUUACAGACAGUUAUGGCUGGUUUGUGCAGGCACUGCUAGCCAGUUUAGCAUUUGGUCUUCUCAUAUUGAAAAGAUUUUGUGAACCAAAGAAACAUAGGAGGUCAUGGCUUGUGUGGUUCUAUGACACCUCGAAGCAAGGUUUGGGAGCCAUGAUAGUUCACUUUUGCAAUGUUUUUCUCUCUGAAGCAUUCAGAGGGGACCCAUGUACCUGGUACAUCAUAAGUUUUUUACUAGAUUCAACACUAGGCUUGGUCAUCAUCUGGGCUGGCAUUAGGCUUAGUAUUUACAUUGGUCAGAAGCAGGGCAUGCCUACCAUUAUCUUUGGAGAGUAUGGUCGUCCUCCAUCGGCACGUGCUUGGGGGCACCAGUGUGCUCUAUACGUGGGUAUUAUGAUAGUAGAGAAAGUACUCAUAACAGGGUUGUUAGCCCUCCAGUUCUGGUCCAGUGUGAGAGAUCUCAUCUUGGCACCCAUUACCGACCCACAAGUUCGGGUAGUCAUUGUCGUUCUAGUCAUUCCAUUCUUCAUUAAUGCUCUAAUCUUCUGGGUGACGGACAACUUCUUGAUGUUGAAGGUUAGACCCGUAGCGAGAGAUGAAGAGUAUGCAUUCCCGAAUGAUUCCACUUCAGGUUCAAGAGCAUUUUCGAAGGUUCACUACAAGUGCCAUGAUGUGCAGCACGAGGAAGAGUCUGACAUUCUCUUAACAACCUCAAACGAUGAUGAAUUGUUGGGUAAACAUGAAAAUCUACAAGAAAGGCAUGUUGGACGCACUAUUACAUAACAUACUGUAAUACACACAAGUGGUAAGCAGAUUACUUUAGGAGCAUGUUAUUUCAUACAAAGUAUACAGUGGCUUUAUGAAAUUCAGCAUUUAAGAUAUAUAAUUGGAAGAUUGGUAUUCUGGCAAAAAUAUUAUAGGGAUUUUACCGUCAAAUACCCACAUCUACAAACUUUACUCUGCAGCUGAUAUAGGGGACGUGAUGUAAGUUUCAAACAGCUCUUGUACAUUUGUAUGGUUACAUUACAUGCCUUGUGAUGGUCCUGUAGUUACAUUGUGUGGAUAUAAGAGCUCACAUUAGAGGCCUAAUCUCUAACCCGGAUGGUAGAUAAAGGCAGCAGUGAUGUGCACCAUUGUAUGCAUUGCCGUCUUUAUCUUUAGUACCUAGCAGGCUCCUUUAAUUUAGAAUAUUGCUAUCUCAUCCUGGCUAACAGCCUAAAAAAUUCCAUUUUCAUUAUUUGAUGCAUUAGAUUAAGUUGAAGUAAUUUCCUAAUGGAACUUUUAUUCUUAAUGUGCUAUAAUUUUUUGCUUGAUAACAGCCUUUGCAUUUUAAUUUCACCAAAAGUGCUAAAAGUAUGGUAGUCAUCUUGGCAUAAUCAUUAAUUUUAGUGCAGUGGUGGUGCUAAAUGGUCGAUAUUCAUAAUUGUGUGCGUCGCGCACGCUAACAUACAAAGGUCGAUAUUUACAAAAUAAAAAAAAAGUAAAAAAAAAAAAUGGUAAAGAUAACCUCACCUUUGCAGAUAAAUAUGUAAAAUAUAUUGCAGAAAUUUUAGUAAAAUUUGGCAUCGAAGUACAUUUGUAUUCAAAUAUAGAAUUUAGAUAUUUAUUACAGUAUUGUAAAUUGGUCCAAAAAAAAAUUAACCCCCAAAAAAAGAUGGUAAUUUUUUCCUGACUGACCUUGAACUUCCAUAUUCAGUAUUAUAUUGUUUUACUCCAGUGCUUCAAAAGUACAAUAUAUAUGUACUUAACCCUCAGAAUACAGGUACCUGUAUCUAAAUUUGUUUUUACUUUUUGUGUGCAGUUUCUUAUUUAUUCCUGUAAAAUAUUAAUAAAACUGUGUAUGAAGUGUUGUAGUUUUUGUGAGGUAUAGAAGGAACUGGGUAGUGGGUAAAUUGUUAAUUAUCACACGCACGAGUCACACUGGUUUUGGAGCUUAGGACUCUUAAGUUAAAACUUGGAUUGCUUUUAGGUUGUUGCAUUGGUAAUAAAUCUCUACAAAUAAUUGGGUCGGUACUGUACAGUAUAUUAACCUACAUUAUAUGAUGUACUUGUAUUGCACAUCUGUUCCUGAAACCUCUGGAACAGCUCAGCCUUGCAACCCACUUAUUUUUUCUGGUAAUUUGUCUAAUAAUGUCAUCCACGCAUAAAUUUAAACACUAAUGGUGUAGAUGAAGUCGCAUCUGCCUAAUUGCAGACCUCUAGCACAUAACCUUUUCUCGGUAAGCAAUUACAAAAUGAUAGCAAUUUUAUUUAUAUACCCUGGCUUGAUGCCUACUUUUGAUAAUUACUGGCUAACAUUCAUGUGUGGCUAACAUUCAUGUGUACUGUAUUUUAUAACCAUAUUUAAAAGGAUUUUAAAACCAGGGGCAAUAAUUAAAACGUGCAAAUAACAAUAACUUCAGUGGCCUGGAUAAAUGAUUACUGUAUUUUGAGGGUUAAUAUAAAGUGGCAUUUGUGGCUUGCUAUUAUAGGACUUCCAUUCUUGAGGAUAGUUAUUUUUGUGUUGAUUACAAUGUAUUGUACUCUCAUGAGUGAGCCAUCAUUCUUGUCUCGGGAGAUUUUCCUCCAUUAGUCAUGAACGGCAUUUAAACUUUACUGUAGUACCAUACCAUAGUUCCUAUUUAAAAUUGCAGCGUGGUAUUCAUGGAUUUAAUUUUGAAGUGAUAGUUAUCCCACCCAUGUACAAAUCAAAUUCUGAAAGUUGUUACGCAUAAGCCUCGUACUGAAGCUUCUGCAAACAAAUUGGAAGAAAAGAUUUUGUCUUUGAUAAAAAAAUAAAGUAUGGAGUCGAGAUGGUUUUGCCUUUUCACCCGGUAGUAUUUAGGAACAUUUAUUAAAAUUGCCCUCAAACAAAUAAAUCUGUAAAGUCCUUGAAAUUUGCAAGGUACUGUACAUAGCGUAGUAUUACUUCAUGCCUCUAUUUCUCUAGAGAUUGUGUGAAUUAAAUGGGCUUUGCUUCAGUUUUGCCAAAUAACUACAGAUUUAAAGCAAAGCAAAGUACAGUUUACUGUAAAAUGUAAUGUGGCAAAGUGUGAUUUCAACUGAAAGGCUCCCUGCUCUGUAUUUUGUACUGCUUAGUUUUAUGAAAUUAAACAUUUGCAUAUUAGUUCUAUAUAUGCAUGUGCAUUACAAGUUAUUGGAAAUAAAAUACUUGAAAUUUUAA